ACAAUGUUCCCUUUGGAUUAGUUUGAUGUGGAAAAACAACAGUGGGCGGAACUUUAGAAAAGUCAAAUGUGAAUUGACAUUCAUUCUUGUAUAAUUGUUAGUUUGUACACAUAUUUAAAUUACACUUGAUUAUCUUGAGGAAACAGAAGGAAUGUGGAAAACUUCUCCUGCUCUGUUCAGUACCAGGUAUUCACCUCUGAGUGUCACUGGUUGAAGUUUUGGGUAAUGAUGUUCUGGAUCAAUUUAUGUCAGUGAAUCAGAUUAAAUCAGAUCUUUCAAAAAGAACCAACAUCGACUAUGAAUCGGAUCCUCGACCACAAAUGAUGGCAUGAACUGAAUGGCUAAAAUGAAUCAUUACACCCCUAGUAUUUGAAUGAAAACAAACAAACAAAAAAAAAAAAAUCUUGUACAACAGGUACCCAGGAGUAUUGGCUAUUCCAUCAAUACUUCAAAGCCAUCACCUCCAUACCGGAUCAAUAUCAUCCCUGCAAUUAUUUUAUGGACAGUACUAUUAUUAUUAAAAAAUGAUAAACAAUUAUUUGUGGUAUCAUCACUGUUCAGCAGAGAUGUUAUUGACAGCUUUGGUUUUAAUAAAUAACAGCCUUGAUUGAAUGUUGGAUUAAAUAUGACUGCAGUCCAGCUGUUCUCUGUACUGUAUGCAGCUGCUUGAAACACGCAGGCGGCAGACGGCUGCAGACAGCAAGGUAGCCUCUGGUUACAAACUUUGGACCAAUCAGGACGCAGCUCCUCUUCCUGCUGCAGGAGCAGCUCAAGUCCAACCUGGAAGACAGAAAGAUUCCGCUCCUUCCGCCUCCUGCCCUCCGAUACUCCUCUAAAUGUGUCUGAGGAGCACUUGUCCCGGUGAGGACAAUGUUGGGGAUGUACGUGCCGGACAGAUUCUCUCUGAAAUCGUCAAAGGUCCAGGAUGGAAUCGGUCUUUACACGGCGAGGCGAGUGAAAAAGGGAGAAAAGUUUGGUCCGUUCGCUGGUGAGAAGAAGCUGCCCGGAGAGCUGGAUGAAAGCUCCGACACCAGACUCAUGUGGGAGGUCCGUGGCGGUAAAGGAGAUGUUCUGUAUAUUCUGGAUGCGAGUAACCCCCGCCACGCCAACUGGCUGCGGUUUGUCCAUCAGGCGCCUUCACAGGAGCAGAAGAACUUGGCAGCCAUUCAGGACGGGGAGAACAUUUUCUACUUGGCCGUUGACGACAUUGAGACGGACACGGAACUUCUGGUUGGCUACCUGGAUAGUGACAUGGAAGAGGAUGAGGAUGAGGAGGAAGAUGACAUUAAAGAUGAAGAUGAGAACAGCAAAGAGUCCAGGCAUCUUGUGGAAAUGGAGCUUGUCAUAAAGAAGGAAGAUCACCCCUGCCUGCUGUGUGAGAGCAGUUUCCCCAGUGAGGAGAUCCUGGCUGCUCACCUGCAGAGUCUGCACCAGAGGCCAAGCACUGAGGAAAAAGAGUUCAAAUGCAGGAACUGUGGCAAGAAGUUCCCCAUCAAACAAGCUCUGCAGCGUCAUGUUUUGCAUUGCUCUGAGUCGCUGGAUCCAUCAGGCGACUCUAAAGCUCACCAGUGUUCCUUUUGCCACAACUCUUUCAACUCAGAAUCUAGUUUCGAGCAGCAUAAAGAAGCCUGUAAAGGGGAUGCCAGGUUCAUAUGUAAAGCAGAGAGCUGUGGAAAAAGAUUCAAGAGCAAGGACGCUCUCAAGAAACAUAAAGGCAACGUUCACACAGGGAGUGGAAGGCGGAAGCUGAUAUGCACCAUAUGCAACAGAAAAUGCUCGUCUUCCCUGAAUCUUCAGGAACACAGAAAGAUCCACGAAAUCUUUGAAUGCCACGCAUGCGACAAGAAAUUUAUCUCCACCAAUCAGCUGAAGCGUCAUAUGAUCACGCACUCGGAGAAGCGGCCGUUUACCUGUGAGAUCUGCAGUCGAUCGUUCAAGCGCCUGGACCAGGUGACGGCUCAUAAGAUCAUCCACAGCGAGGACAAGCCGUACAAGUGUAAGCUGUGUGGAAAAGAGUUUGCCCACCGAAAUGUCUACAAGAAUCACAAAAAGACACACUCUGAGGAAAGGCCUUUUCAGUGUGAGGAGUGCAAAGCGUUGUUCCGCACCCCCUUCUCUCUACAGCGCCACCUUCUCAUCCACAACAGUGAGAGGACAUUCAAGUGUGACCAGUGCGACGCCACCUUCAAGAGAAAAGACACGCUCAAUGUCCACAUCCAGGUGGUGCACGACGGACACAAGAAGUACAAGUGCGACCUGUGCGAGAAGGCCUUUGUCACUCCGUCUGUCCUCAAGAGCCACAAGAAGACUCACACAGGGGAGAAGGAGAAGAUCUGUCCAUACUGCGGACAAAAGUUCGCCAGCAACGGCACGCUGAGAGUCCACAUCCGCAGUCAUACAGGUGAGCGACCAUACCAGUGCCCUUACUGCGACAAAGCAUUCAGCAAGAAUGAUGGCUUGAAGAUGCACAUUCGGACUCACACUCGGGAGAAGCCGUAUAAAUGCAGCGAAUGCAACAAGGCCUUCAGCCAGAAAAGAGGACUGGAUGAGCACAUGAGGACGCACACGGGAGAGAAACCUUUCCAAUGUGAUGUGUGUGACCUGUCGUUCAGCCUGAAGAAGAUGCUCAGCAGGCACAAGCUGACGCACAACCCCAACCGGCCCAUGGCGGAGUGCCAGCUGUGCCACAAGAAGUUCACCAGGAACGACUACCUCAAAGUGCACAUGGAGAACGUCCACGGGGAGACGGAAAGCUGAACCAUCUAUGGGAGCACCAAGGAGAUUCCAGGAUGAAACUCGGCUUUAUGUCCCAGUAAAGUGCUGUUUACAGAGACAGACAGACAGCAGAAAUGUUGUUAUUAUUAAUACAUGCGAUGGAAAUAUGGAAGACAUUAAGGCAAGCAUUUUAAGGCUAAAACACGGGCUGUGCAUUCGUCUUUUUUUCCACAGUACACUUGUUUUUGAUAUUUGAACAGAUUUCCUGAUACGUUGCCUGCGGAGCCGGAGAGUCUGCUCCCAGUCUUCCAUUUCACAUGCAGUUUUUCUGAUUUCUGACCGGAGCUGCUGCACAGACUCUCCCUGCCUGACCUCCUGCUUUCUUGUCUUCAGCCUUUACUGUUCUCUUGUGGCCAGUUGCCAAAUGUUGAAGAAAGUCUGUGACAAAAAACAUUUGUGGGGGCUUUUUUUUUUGCUUCUUUUUUUCCAACUUUCUAUGUAUGUGUUCCAUAUGUUCACACCUUUCCGUUUCAAGUGCCACCUGUUUGUAAGUCCAAACUCCUUUUGUUGUAUUGAAUGGCUUUGAUUGUGUACUGUGCUGUAGCAGCACCACAGAAGAUGGAGAGGCAGAGGUCUGAAAACAGUAACCAGCUCUGGGCGCUCAGCUGUUGUUUAUAUGAUAGUCAGGCCUUAUAAACAUGCUGUCGUUUGCCUUUCGUGCAGCUUUUUCUGGCUGCACUUUGGGAAAAGGUAAUUUAAUUAGACCCAAUAUUUACAAGUUCCUUCUCUGCGUUUUGGCUGGAUUUGUUGUAGCUCCUCAUCAUUAAGGCUUCUCCUUAAAUGUGUUUUGUCAUUAUCGGCCAUUCAUUAAGCUUUUGCUUUGUUCUGCUUUAAUAACUGUUUAAUACACUUUCAUGUAUUUGGCUGGAAGUCCCUUUCUGUCUUCUUUUCCAAUUCAUUUAGCUGAUGGGACCCCGUCUCCCUGAUGCUUUUCUGACUUGUGCAAAACCUCAUCACCUACCAAACCUCCAUUUCCUCCUCCUGCUCUAAUUAUGUUUGUGAGCAGUGAAGAAAAAAAAUGGCAUUGAGGGUUGAUUAAAAGCGUUCAGUUCUCCUUGUUCAUCUAUUCUUAGUCUGAUGGGAGCGGAGGCUAAUUAAGGCUUUUUUUUUUUCGGUCUCUGAGGCCACAGUCACCGCUCGCCGGAUCUGUAGAGCCACACACCAAAGGGCGCCUCUGAUGGUUUCUCUCUGUGGAUGCUGCAAGUCUUUCUCACGUCCAUCACUCAUAGAGCGUCUCCUCUAUCUCCUGAUUUGAGCUCUGUGAGAAUCUGGAUUGAAGUGGGAGGCCUGCGCCUCGCUCUCAUUACAGGGACUGUAGCUCAAACUCAACAAAUGCUAACAUGUGGUUCUGGCUUCCUGAAAACAUCCCAGUAUGUCACGUUUCAAACUGGGUGCUGUUGGUUCAACAAUUAACGUAUUUCUUGUGGUCGCAUUGGAUUACAUCCCAGCUCACGAUUCUGAAAUAAAAAACUGAUGAAGGUCUCUAAGGAUCCUGUUGGGCGCUCGGAGGAGAACGGCAAGCCAACCCUCCCAGACUAAUAGGGCUAAUCAGGUUAAAGAACAUAAAAUGUUAACCCAGGAUUGAUAUGUUAUACAAGAUAGAAACACAGGAGUAAAAGUUUGUUUUUAAGUGUUCGUUUCAAAGGCAGACUUGAGUAAACAUUGAUCAUGUCAUUGGCCUUUUCUGUGCUUUUCAUUCUGCUGUUGUGUUUGUUGUCAAACUCAAGCAUUUCUCUCCUUGCAGAUAACAAAACCGAUUUUUAGCAUUUUUUUCAGUUUGACCCAAGAAAGAGUUUGGAUUCUACCAACUAGAUCAGGGGUGGGCAAACCAUGGCCCGUGGGCCGAAUGUUGCCUGCCAAGCUAUUUAAUUUGGCCGGCCAAACUGGAAUAAAUUAUUUUGAUAAUCCUUAUUAAUGUUUUAUUUUCCCUGUAGGAUUGUUGUCUAGAAAAUGUGCACCCAUCCAGAUAAACUGACCUUUGUCUGGGUGCAGAAAGAUAUUCUACAUUGUGGUGUUGGAAGAUCUGUUGUUUUUGUACGAUCAUGUGCGUUUUCCAAGUUGGAAAAUAAUUUUUCCGUUCAUUUCAACACCAAAAGACUGCAGCAUUUCUCUAAGUUUGCAUUUUUUUUUUGAAAAAAAAAAAAAA